AUGUUUAGAUCAGUUUUAAGAGCAAACACAAACAUAGCCAAGACCGCCUUCCAGAAGCCGGCAACCGCUCCUUUGCUGAGACAGGCUCUGCAGCAAACAAGAGCUUAUCAUCCAAAGGUCAUUGACCACUACCAGAACCCAAGAAACGUGGGUUCUCUGAACAAGAACUUGCCAAAUGUAGGAACGGGAUUGGUCGGUGCUCCAGCUUGCGGUGAUGUGAUGAGACUGCAAAUACAAGUUAACGAUGAAACCGGUAUCAUCGAAGAUGUCAAAUUCAAGACUUUUGGUUGUGGCUCCGCUAUCGCCUCGUCGUCUUAUGUCACCGAACUCGUCCGCGGAAAGACUCUGGAAGAGGCCGGAAAGAUCAAGAACUCAGUUAUUGCUAAAGAGCUAAGUCUUCCCCCUGUCAAACUGCACUGUUCCAUGUUGGCCGAAGAUGCCAUCAAGAGUGCCAUCAAGGAUUACACUUCCAAGCGAAGAGUCACUCUGGGCCCAGAAGCAGAUGCUAAAGUGAAUCUGGAAAGCUCUGUUUCUGCCCACUAA